AUGGAUGGUAAUGUGGAUAUAUCUGACGACAUCUAUGAUGAUAUGAGUAUAUCUGAUGAAACAUCUGAUAGCCUGUCCAUAUAUCGCUUCACUGAUCUAGAAAACCUAGUUUAUAACUUGCAUGCUCUAGUAUUGCAAAAAUCGUUUUUUUACGUGCCAUUAAAUAAAAUCUGGUUGCUAAGCUUAUCAAAAAACAACUCUGUUAAAUUAUGCGCUUUUUCAACGCUUUUUAGCUCGGUUUAUGUUAAACAAAUUGGCAUUCCUACUCAACUAAGACUUGCCCAUGACAAAAAUUCGUUUGUUUUUAAGACUAAUUUCAAUUGUAUUGGCAGAUUUAUCUCAAGAAUUAACCGUUUUGUCAGACACUUGAAAAUAGGUUACGCAUUGGGUUUUACCUCUUGGUGUUGUGUUGUAAGCUAA